AUGUUAAGAAGGGAGCCAACAACCAUCCAACUUACCUCUGACGACUUAGCAGAGCUUCAGUACAGUUUGGAGGAGUUUAAGCUGCUGCUGCAGAUAAAAUCUCAGCAUAUGGACCUUGUUCUAUCUUCAAAUAGAGUUGGACAAACGAUUCCGCCCGUGACACAAGUUGACGAACCCAGGAGGCUGUCAUGCUCCUUCCAGAUAUCUCCGCUAAAUAAACAGAUGCAACAGCAACAGCAGAUGUCCCAACACCGUCGGACUGUAGCCGCCUCGGGUAGUAUUAAUGAACAUCUCACUCCUAGUCAAGGUAUCAUCACAAACACUCCAAUUUUAGACGAACAGGAUACAUCAAAUCCCUUUAUCCAUCGCGGUUAA